AGACGUGUUGAAGAACGGGCAGAAGCGCACAAUAGCGCAGGAGACUAUGGUUGAGGGAGGGGGGGUACAGGCAGAAAGCCAUGAUAGAGAUAAUGGGAAGGAGUCGGUUAUGCCACCUCUGCCCGCCAAGAAAAGCCCCGGGACCAGCGGUGCUGCUGCAUCGAACCUUGCCAAACAGCUACCGGCGGUGUCUCCGAGAGCCAUUUCUUCUCUCAAGCCGGACACGGCUGAUGGCGCAACCUUCGAGAGCUACCUCUCCUAUAAACCUGCUAAUGGCGAGGAUACCCUUGCAGUUUAUGAAGCUGUGAACGAUCCAUCGAAAUGGCUGUUGAAGAACAAGGAAACUGGCCAGGAGGUCGAGGCCACAGCGUUCGCAGACACACUUUUGGCUCGUCGUCCAGCCCCCCAAUGUGCCACGGUCUCACCACGCUUGGGAUCACACUCACACGGAAGCAGGGGCUGGCCAAGACUGCAGCGACACAAAGCCCCCGCAUUUCAGCGGCCAUCGUUGCUUCCUCCAAGCAACGGCGACAUCGCUUACUUCCCGCCGGCCUCUGCGGGUCCGCUCACCCCGCCUUUUCUCCAAUUGGGGUUUUCGAGCUUGUCAGGUAGGUCGUCGCCCUUGCGGUUUGGGGCGAGUUUGUCGGUGUCGGGACAGUCCUUCUCGCGUCCGCGCAGUGGAAGCAACUCCCAUGGCAGAAGCAACAGCGACAGCACGACAAGCAGUGUCAUCCUCAGCGUCGACGCACUCCCCAGUUUCAAGCUCGGCAACAUGAGCACGACCCAGCUGUUGCCGAAGCUCCACCCCGGAGGUGUGAGGGCGAUGUCGUUCAGCCCUUCCGGUGCAUUCCUCGCGACAUGCGGAAUGGACCGACGCUGCUGCGUUUUUCGGGUACAAAAGCAUCGCCAAACAACGGCUCUCGGAGAAGGUUCUCCUAACGCCGCAGCAGCAGCCGUUGGCCUUCCGGUGGACCGAGGAAUGUCGAGGCAGCCGAACUCCGUUUCCGUGGAGGGGCGCCUGGUAGACGACCAACCUCUGCGAGUUCUCACGGGGCAUGUUGAUUCUGUCGUGGCCUUGGCUUGGGUGGGCGGGGACAACGCGCUCUUGACAGGGUCUUCCGACGGGACUGUGCGCUGUUGGCACCCGUUGGAGGGGAACGAGUGCUCGGAAGUUUACGAGCACGGGGGAGGGGUGACUUCCGUGGCCUGGGAGCCCGGAGGUGAAGUGCGCGGGGGCAGAUUUUUGACGGGGUGCAUGGACGCGAGAAUCCGACUGUUUUCCUUGGAUUCUCCGGAAGUGGAACAGUCGGUUCUGUCGGAGAGGGCUGUGACUGCCGUCGCUUUUUGUCCGGGAGGACAACGCUUUGCCGCGGGCGGCAUAGCCGGCAAUGUUGAGUUCUACCGCAUGGACGACAUGUCGCUGGAGCUGACGGUCGAGUGCCGCCGGCAUGGCUUUCGGCAUUCGGCUGCACAGCGAACACGCCUCGCGACGAGCCCCGUUAGACGGCUGUCCGUGGGCACCGGCGACAGGCGGUCAAAUGGUGCCGGCGGCGACCGCAUUCAGACCAACGAUAACGGCAAUACCAACGGCCGCAGCGGUAGAGGGCGCGACAGAAGACGACGAAAAACGCUGGGCUCGAGCGCCGGAGCUCGAGCUCCAGGCACUGUGGAGGUCACGGGACUGUGCUUCCGCCCACAAACGAAAGGGCCGGCUGAGCCGACGGGGGACUGCAGUGAUUCAGAUGGGGAAGACCACCGACUGAACGGUAAGAUGGGUGAAUACUCGCAGGAAGUAGCCCCGAGUCCCCGCGUUGGAGGUGAGGUCGUGGCACCGCACGCGGACGAGAAGGAUGCGAACGGCAGUGGCAAUCUGUGGGUUGAGCGUCUCGAGGCUGACCUCCUUGUGAGCACAAAUGACAACCGUUUGCGCAUACUGGUGUCAGAGGAGCGGGGUGUGACUGUCGGGUUCAAGCUCAAAGGGCACAGCACCGAGGGGGAACUCGGGCGGCACACUGCGGCGCGAUACAGCGACGACGGAAACUUUAUCGUAAGCGGUGCCACAGAUGGAAGUGUUCACGUCUGGUCCACACCGACCACCCCGCCAGGCACCAAAUCGGUGACUUGGGCGAGUGGGCGGGAGGGGCACGAGCGGGCGCGGGUGUGCGAUAAGAGGGUAGGUGUCCCGGUGGCCUUCUUUGCCCCCGCUAGCGUGGCGAAGAACCUCGGAGGGACAUCGAGCCGUGUGAUCGUGACCGGAGAUAACGAGGGCAAUUGCAAAAUAUUCAGCGAACGGCGUGCAGAUAGAGAACCGUGAGGGUCGGGUUGGGUUUGGGCGUGCCUGUACAUCUCUCACUUUCUGCUUUUGCUCCGGGUGUGUAUUCGUGGUAUUCGACGUCUAUGCGUUUUGAAAUGUUUACAAUGGUUCUUCGGAGGUGCUGUGUGCGUGUAAGCGACUUCAUAGGACAUAGAACGGCCGGAUGCCGAUGCACAUGAAUACGCUGCACACACCGGGCGUAUUGUGUGGGUCGGUUUGGGUAUUCGUUUCGCGCAUGGGUAUUCGUUUCGCGCAUGAAAAACUUUGUUAUUGUUGUUGUCGUGAUUUUGGUUGCCUUUCGCAGUUGAAUACCCGCUGCCUGAAGUGUAUGUGCUGUUCUGUUUUGCGAACGUGCUAUGCGCACGUGCACGUUUUGUGCUCGAGUCGGUGGGAGUUUCCCGUAAUUCUCUGCGCUAGAAGAGCUGGACCUGUGGCAACAAACCACAAAAUAGUACAUGAUCCAACUCAGUGCAUUCAGGCGUGGUGGUGGUUGUGGCCAUUUGCUUUUCUUUAGACUAAAAGUUGGUUUAGAAGGUGUUCUUGGUCAUCAUGCUGGGAGGUAUCGAAUGAGCAGGCUCUACCGCACGGAAACUAGAGAUGGGCCCCGUUUGCAAAAUAACGGACAAUACUCCAUUAUUUGGAUAUACCAGCAGGCGUUUAUAAGUGACGGCUAUCAAGAAAAGGAGGCGUUUUUGAACCGGUUAUCCCCGGUUAAUUCGGUCAACUGGCGCUAGAAAACCCGCUUUUUCGGCGGUUUUCACUUGAGAAUAGCGACUCCUAUUAGCCGUUUUUUGCUCCUUGGUUGUUCCAUUCUGCCAUUCUGGUGCCCAUCUCUUCUUUGACCCUACGACAAUACAUCGUGUGCGUGAAAUACUGCGCUAUACACCGGCAGUAUUGAAAGAUGGUGUGUAUGCCAUGAGGCCACAAAACAGACCCAGUUUUGAGAAAUUGCGGAGGCGUUUUCUCAUAUUUUCGGGUUAUCCGAUUUAACCGGUUAUUUGGGGCUGAAAAAAACGGUUAUACCGGUUAUUGGAUUUUGAGAAUAACGCCUCCUGGUCGGUUGUCGGAUACUGCUUUUUCACGUCCGGUACCCAUCUUGAACGGCAACCCGUCUUGAUGCCGUGUAACCGGUUAAUUGGGGCUGAAAAAAACGGUUAUACCGGUAAUUGGAUUUUGAGAAUAACGCCUCCUGGUCGGUUGUCGGAUACUGCUUUUUCACGUCCGGUACCCAUCUUGAACGGCAACCCGUCUUGAUGCCGUGUAACCGGUUAAUUGGGGCUGAAAAAAACGGUUAUACCGGUAAUUGGAUUUUGAGAAUAACGCCUCCUGGUCGGUUGUCGGAUACUGCUUUUCACGUCCGGUACCCAUCUUGAACGGCAACCCGUCUUGAUGCCGUGCCUCCCCCCUUCACCCUCUCAUGGAACAGAUUGGACAGUCCGUGCCAUCGUGUGCAGUUGUCGGUGUUCCCGCGUGCGAAGCAACAGGUUAUUGCAACAGUUGUUGACAGUUGUUGAAUACUACUCAUGACUCUAAUAUACACCCGGGUCUAGGCUACUUCAAGAACUCCAUUUGGAGCGAACGUGUUAGUCUCCCCCUGAAUGUUCAGCAUCCGCCCCACUGCUGUCCUGGGCGUCUCUCCCGGACGUGGCUGACUGUACGUAAACCGCUCCGCUUGAGUCGGAUGAGGCAAACAUACAGCCGCUACUGCUGAUGGCAACAGAGUAAAUCUCGAAGCCUUGGUGGUGGCUCGCCUUUUUGAAGACACGGUUGGGGAACUGAGAACCCACUCUCCAAGAUCGAAGCUCCCCUUCCAUGGUUCCGGCGAAGACAUCCCCACUCCCGGUCCCGCCCCUGCCUCUACCCCACC